UUAAAAAAAAAAAAAUUUAUAUGUAAUAAAAGGCUAAUCAAAUAUAACUUUAAAAAAAAAAUUUUUUCUAUUUAAUCAUCAUCAUUUAAUCAUCAUCAUCUUAAUUAAAAAAAAAAAAUUUAUAUAUAUAGAGAGAUGUCCUCAUUUUUACCCCUAGAAAUUUUUGAAGAAAUUUUUGAAAAUUUACACGACGACAAAAUAACAUUACAUUCAUGUAUUCUUGUUAAUCGUUCAUGGUGUAUUACAGCAAUACCUAUAUUAUGGAGACGACCUUUUUUAUUAUUAAAUAAACCUUCCGUGAAACUUAUUCAUACUUAUAUAGCUAACGUCUUUGAUCAACUGGAAAGUGAAGUGAGAUUAACUAAAUAUAUCAAGAAUUUAUCUCGACCAUUCUUUAAAUAUUCAAUAUAUUUGAAAGAUUUAAGAACUAAAUUUUUAACAAUAAGUAUUAAAGAUUGGGUUAACGGGAUGGAAAAUCAAUUUGAAAGCGAAUUAGAAGGAUUAUUCUUUGAUUUUAAUAAAGUUGAAUUGGUUUGUCAUUUAUAUUCAUUACUUAUUAAAAAUUUUACAUCAGUACAAAAUAUUAUUCAUUGUUCUUUAGAAAAUUUUCAAAGUUUACGUGGACAACACAUAGAAUAUUCACCUAAAUAUCCGAAAUUUUUACGAUCUUUACAAAUUGAAAUUAAAUAUGAUAAUCAUAUUUUAUCAUAUUUAACACGAAUAAAUUGUGUCACUUUAGAAGAGAUAUGGAUAGGUCCUUUAAUUUCUGGUGUACAACUUGAUUCUUUAUCACAUUUGAUAAAACUUCAAAAUUCUUUAAAAGAUUUUCGAUUAUACGGACCAAGAUGUGAAUGGCUUGGAGUUCCAAUAGAGAUCAUAUCAGCUUUAUCCACUCAAUAUAAGACCCUUCAUACCAUUAGAUUUUCUGAAUGUAAUUUUUCUUUUUAUAACCUCUUUGAUUAUUUGGGAAUUUGUCAAAAUUUAAAAAAUUUAGAAUUUCAUAAUUGUGAUUUUCCUGAAGAUCAAGCAACUUCUUGGUGUAAUGUAACUUUUCCAAACUUGGAAAUUCUAUCAUUUGUUGGAGUGGUAUAUUUAGAUGUAGAAAAGGUAACAACGAUCGUAAAGAAUAGUCAAAAGAAUUUAUCAAAAGUUUUCUUACCAUGUAUGACACCACAAGAAGAUUUAACAAUGUUUACGGAAAUAUUGGUGAAUUGUAAGAAUGUUACAUGUUUCGCAUUUUGGGCUAACAUAGAUGCAGAAUUGGACGCGGCUUUUCGUGCUUUAGAAUCUUUUAAUAGAUUAGAAUGUUUAUCAAUUGACAGUGAAGAUGGAUUAAUUCUUAAUUCUAAUCAACUUUCACAACUUGGAAAGAUUUUGACUCCUACUUUACGACAUCUUGAAAUUUGUGUUGAUACUUCAGCUGAAUCUUUUGAACAAUUCUUAUUAAAUUUAACAGCUAAUCUUGAAUCUUUAACAUUAUCAUGGUGUCCUAAUAUAAGUGAUGAUCACAUUAAAGUUAUUAUAGGAUAUGCUCAGAGAAAUUCACAAUUAAAGUAUGUGGCUUUGGAUAAUGAUAGAAGUACGAAUUUAAGUGAUGUAGUUAUUAAUGAAGCAUUACAAGUUAUUCCUUAUUUUCGUAUAGAAAGUAUUGAUUCUUGUGAAGUCAUUAGAGCAUGGUUUGAUGAUUCUAUAUAUAUGUUAAACAACUAUAAUGAACAAUAUUUAAAUGAUAUAAUUGAUCUGGAAAAUUGUGGAAGAAUUUUAUGAGAUCUCUUUUUUUAUGUAAGUUUUUUUUUUCUUUUUU